AUUGAAGUAGAAUCACACAAACUACACUGUAGAAAUUAAAAUAUUCAAUACUCACACACCAGCAUUAAAUUUACGUAGCGCAAAUAUGGCGAUGGAAACCAUUUUGGGGAUCAAGGGACCGGACUUUGUAAUGCUCGCUUCGGAUACAAUGCAGGCCAAGUCGCUAAUCUUUAUGAAGGAUGAUCAGUCUAAAGUCCAUCGCCUUUCCGACUUCAACAUGAUGGCCGCCGUGGGCGAUGGCGGCGAUACUCUUCAGUUUACGGAUUAUAUAUCAAAAAAUUUGCAUCUGUACAAGAUUGCCAAUGGAUAUCACCUGAGUGCCCGGGCUGCGGCUCAUUUUACCCGCCGGCAUUUGGCGGAUUACAUUAGGACCAACACCAGAUAUCAGGUAGCCAUGCUGCUGGCCGGGUAUGAUGCCACCGAUGGUCCUGACCUGCACUACAUCGACUCCUUGGGAGCAGCACAGUCCAUUAACCAUGCGGGCCACGGUUGGGGCAGUAUGUUUUGCGGCAGCAUUCUACAGAGAUUCUGGAACGCAAAUCUCACUCAGCCGGAGGCAUUUUGCAUCUUAAGGAAAUGUGUGGUGGAAAUUCAGAAGCGUUUGAUCAUCAACCAGCGGAAUUUCGAGGUCUAUGUGGUGGACAGCAAAGGAAUGCGCAAGAUGGAGGCCAUCAAUCCCGGAUCGCUGAGCAAUGAGGCCCUCAACCUGAGUUGGCAAUGCACUUAAAAUUAAAAUAAUAUACUUUAA